AUGGCGCUGGAGGUGCAGCCGCCCAGAGAUCGCAAGCGGGUCAAGGUCUACGAGCUGAGGGAUAAUGACUGGUUUGACAGGGGAACGGGCUUUUGUACUGGACAGAUUCUCGAUGAUGAACCCCGAAUAUUCGUGGAGUCGGAGGAGGAGCCCAAUCGGAUGCUCCUGGAGUCGAAAAUUACCAAGGAUGAUGGGUAUCAGAAGCAGCAAGAGACAUUGAUCGUGUGGACGGAGCCUGAAGGGCCGGACAUGGCAUUGAGUUUUCAAGAGGCAGAAGGCUGCGCGGUCAUUUGGGAUUUCGUCCAUAGUGUUCAGCAACAUCUCCUCAGUCUUGCCGGAGCAGACGAUGGCUUGUCGGACGACCUCGAUAACUACCAGUCGAUUAUGCUGCCUCCGCCCGAGCUUGGGAAUCUUCCGGAUAUUGAACAGAUUAUGCGAGCCGCAAGUAUGACGCAGGCUGGUCGCGAUGCGCUGUCCAAGUUCGUCAUUCGCGAUGAGUACAUCCCCAAAUUGUUGCCGCUCGUCACGGUCGCAGAAGACCUCGAAAGCUUGUCCGACCUGCAUCGCCUCUGCAAUAUCAUGAAAUCCCUCAUUCUCUUGAACGAUAACACCAUCAUCGAGACCGUCGUCACGGAUUCUGUCAUCAUCGGGGUCGUUGGGGCACUGGAGUAUGAUCCCGACUUCCCUACCCACAAAGCCAACCAUCGACAGUAUCUUUCCGACCAAUCUCGUUACAAGGAAGUCGUUCCCAUCAAAGAUCCCAUCAUUCGUAGGAAGAUCCGAUGCACCUGGCGUUUACAAUACCUGAAGGAUGUGGUUUUGGCUCGGAUUUUGGACGACCCGACCUUCUCAGUUCUCAACUCCCUGAUUUUCUUCAACCAAGUCGAGAUUGUGAACCACAUUCAAACGAACGCCCCUUUCUUGAAGGAACUCUUUUCAGUUUUCGACCCGAGGAACACGGACAUGAAACGCAAGGAUGAUGCAGUGCAAUUUCUCCACCAAUGCGCUGCGAUUGCGAAGAAUUUGCAGGCACCCGCGCGUGCCAACCUCUUUGCGAACUUCAUCGCCCAUGGGCUCUUUGCAGUGAUUGCCUUCGCUGUCAAGCAUCCCAAGCCUGCAAUGCGCACAACAGGUAUCGAUAUCCUAGUGGGGCUGCUCGACCACGACCCCAUUAUGAUGCGCGGAUAUAUGCUCAAGGCUGUCAACGAAAAGAAAACGCCCCUUACCGACACACUCAUCGACUUGCUUCAUGCAGAGACCGAUCUUGGCGUCAAAAACCAACUUGCAGAUGCUAUCAAGGUCUUGCUAGACCCCCAAAUUCCCCUACAAGACACAAUGGGUCGGGCUGGGCCCGACUACUACGCAAAGUUCCGUUCUUCUAAUAUGAUGUCCGAUGCGUUUGUUCAAAAUUACUUUGAUGAGUCUGCGAGAAGGCUUUUUGUGCCAUUGACACAGCUCGAAGACCGUGAGAACCUCAACGACCUGACGUUCCAAGAAGUCGCUCUGCACUCACAUCUUGUCGAUAUCUUGACAUUCUUCGUUCGUCAACAUCUUUACAGGACUCGAAACGUCAUCCAUGAUAAAUCCCUUUCUCCUCGAAUCGCCCAGUUGCUCAGAGUCCCACAAAAACAUCUCAAACUUACUGCCCUGAAAUUCUUCCGCCAAUUGGCCAGCCUCCAAGAUACCUUCUAUCAAGCAUUAAUGACUCGUAACAACAUUUUCGGCUUAAUUCUUGACAUUGUGUAUGAAACAAUGCCACGUGACAACCUUCUCAACUCCGCCUGCCUUGAACUUUUUGACUUUGUCAAGCGCGAAAACAUCAAGCCUUUCGUCCUUCAUGUGGUGGAGAAGUAUCGCGAAAAGCUGCAGGCCAUCACUUAUGUUGAUACAUUCCAGACUCUGAUUCUCCGCUAUGACCAGAUGCAGGGCUAUGGCGCGGAUACGGAAUCCGCAAUAUACUCGCAGGAAGAAGGGACGCCAGCACGAAUGCAAUCCAACGGACAGCGCUGGCAAGGCGUCAAGGAGAUGGAUCCUGCGGAAGAAGAAUACUUCAACACAUCCGAUGGUGAAGACGAGGUAGGAUCUCUGACGGAGAGCUUUAUAUUCGGAGAGGAAACUAACCCCCCAUCUCAGUGGCACCAAGCCAGCGAACUUGAUGUAACUGUGGCUGCUGAAACGCAGAAUGGUGUGCCUUCUUCCCCGGCCGCUAAACCUUUGGUGGACUACCCCGAUGACGACGAAGACGACGAUGCUAUGGAUACAAAACCCGAGUCCGGAGAAGAACAGAAGCAAGAACAAAAAGAACCUUCAGAUCGCGAAGCGUCCGAUUCAUCGACGGAGUCUCCCACAACCCCAGUAUCACAAAUAGUCCAGGUUCCUCCGGAGCGGUUGUCAGAGAAACGCCGGCGUGAAGAGGAAGACGAGGAUGAGCUAGUCAAAUUAUCAUCUGGACCCAAACGAAGAAGCUCCACGAGCAGUAACUCAGGAAGUGGAUUCCUAAGGAGGAAGAAGGGCAUGUCUAUCGGGUCGUUGUCCUCUGACAAGGGAGCCACUCAGGGCAAUACCACAACCAGCGCAGCACCCAAAAGAAUCGCCAUUAAUCUCAGCUCAGCCACUGUCAAGUCCUCCGCACCCGACACUGAUUCAACCGGUCCUCCCAACGAAAGCAGCGAAAAGGAGAACCGAAACGAUAGUCACGGCGGGGGUGGCGAUUGA